UCUUCAAAGUCUGCAGCCCUCUCCAUCCCAUUGACUGCCAAAACAUUUCCACACCAUUUCACUCCACUCCUCUCAAAUAAAAAACUCAAUUGAAUCAACAAACCCUAAACCCCCAAUUUACCCUCCAAUGCUUCUCCAAACUCAAUCUCUCACAACCCAUUUGUCCCUUCCACUUCCUCCCUCAAAACCCACGCCCAAAAUCCUAUCUUUCACUCCCAUAAAACAGAACCCAUUUCGCAGAACUAGAUUCAGAGCCCUAAGAUGCUCGCUUUCGGCGGUUUCGGAGCCGACCCAGUUGGAAACGAAGACUCACAAGCCGGUUCCAGCUGAGGUUUCCAGGACAAUUAUGGAGUUGGUGUCUGUGGGCACGCUUUCUACUCUGACUCAAGAGGGUUGGCCUUUGGGGAUUGGCGUUCGGUUCGCGGUCGACCUGGAAGGGACUCCGGUGUUGUGCUUGAAUGCCUCUAAUCGGCAGUUUUCUAUUGACAGGAGGUCUAGCUUCCAUGUCCAGUUGGAGCAAAGCGGGCUGCGGACACCUCAGUGCACGAUUUUAGGCAGCAUUGACAAACCAGAAAAUAGGGCAAUGUUGAAGUACCUUCAUUCAGUAUGGAAAAAGAGGUUUGGAGAAGAAGUUGAUGAAGAUCUUAUAUAUGUUGUUUCUGUGGAACGGGUACUUCAGUUGGAGGACUUUAAAGAGGUUGGUAUGUGGGUUACAUCUUCAGAUUAAAAUGCACAACCUGAUCCUCUUAGGGAUUUUGCGGUAAAGCUAGUGAAUGAGAUAAACACCAACAACAUUGAAGAUAUUAAUCGUUUUUGCAACAUAUAUGCUGAUUUGAACUUCCAGGUUUCUGAAGCAAAACUGGUUUGGGUUGAUCGGUUAGGCUUUGACCUGCAUCUUUGGUCUCCUCAGGAAGGUAUAUUUGAGGUUCGCAUUCCCUUCUCCCGGGAGGUGACGGAUGAGAAGAGUGCAAAGUCAAUGUUUAACUGCAUGUCUCAAUUAGCUUGGGAGGUGGAAAAGAAUUUCCACGCCCCAGAUUUCGAAAGGGUGAAACAAGUUAAGAAGAUAGCCUAAGAGUAAACUUGGUACGUGCCGUUUUUAUAAAAUGUACGGAUAUGCUACUUUAGAUGCAAAAAGGGCAACUUGGUUGUGCCGUGUUAUCUUCGUAGGUUACGACGGCCAACCCCUUGAUUGAGUUUGUUGAUUAUGUACGUGGGUUCCGUAUGCCCAUUUUUACCAACUCCCACAGAUGUCAAGAUUCAAAAUUUUGAGAUCGUAUUUGAGUUCGAUAUAAUUCGUGAAUGAAUAUUUUUCUUUCCUUGUUA